AGUAGCUGUCAGUUGCUGAGCUGCUCUCGCACUGUGAAGCUUCCUGGAGCCAGGAUGGUGGCGGAAGGCGAGCCGGGGAGCCUCGUGAAGGUCGGGUAUCUCCUGAUUCUCUCCACGUCCUGGGGCAUGCAGUUCUGGAUGACUUUUAUAGCGGGAUUCGUGCUGAUUAGGGGGGUGCCCCGGCACACCUUUGGCUUAGUACAGAGUAAGCUGUUCCCGUUUUACGGCCAUGCCGUCCUGUUGUGCUCCUUCUUGAACCUGGCGGUGUAUGCGGCUUACCAUCCCCGUGACCUGCUGUCACCCAGCGAGAGUGUACAGAUUUCGCUCUUCUUUGGUUCCCUCAUUUUAUCUGCCCUGAACGCUCGCUGGUUCUCUCCGGCCACGUCCAAGUCCAUGUUUAAGAUGCAGGCUAUUGAACGAGAGCACGGCCUCGGAGGAGAAGUAGGGCUAAAGGCCAACGCGGAAGGUUAUAAGCUUCUCCGAGAGCAGGAUCCCAAAUACCAGGCCCUGCGGAAGCGUUUUAUGCGUUACCAUGGAAUCUCGUCGCUCUGCAAUCUCGUGUGUCUGCUCUGCAACGGAGCCAACCUGGUCUACACGGCUCUGCUGCUGCCCACCCUGUAGGGGCUCCGCAGGAUAGGGCUCUAAAGUUGGUCCUCAGGUGUGUCUGGGAUGUCCAACAUGAGCCCAGGUGGCUAAUUGAUUGCCGUAAAUGGAGGCCGGUGAUCUUAUGAAGACUUGUUGGAAACCAAGAAACGCAAGAAAAGAAGCCUCUUAAGUCCCCCCAAAAAGAUGAUGUGACUACAAAUCUCAUGACAAUCAGCCAGCUGGAUCUUGAGAGUUGUUUCGUUGCACCCUGGCUCUUCGCAGGUAGAGGGCAGCAGGGCCUUGUCUGAACUACCCCAUAAAUGUGAGGGUCAGACCCCAAAAAUGGCAAUCAAUUCUGAUAUUUUUGUUUUCUAUAAUUGAACUAUAAUCUCCCAGAAAUAAUAUCCGGGUGAAUGUAAUAAAUUUUAUAUUUACAUGUAA